CUUUUCUCUUUUCACUUCAACCUUGCCUUUAUCUCUUUCUGCUCUUUCUUUUUACAUGUUACUUGUUGCACAAACAAACGUGUAUGAUGGAUCACGGCGUCCUUAUUGUUAGAUGACCUUGAAUAUUGUAUUUGGUUUUGGGUUUGAUGGUUUUUUUUCAUUGUUAUAAUACAACUAACAAGUUGUUAGCUUUGUUUGAGAAUAUUUUCAAGUAGUCAAAUUUCUGCAUGCGUUUGUUCUUCCUUAAUCUUUAUCAUGUUUCUGUUCAUUAAUCAUCUUUAGAUUUCUUUAAGCUCACGUUUAAAAAAAAAAAAAGCCAACAAUUUUUUUGGCUUUGGAAAAUCCUUGUAAACGUCAAUUUUACAAAUUUAGUCGUUUUUCCUAUUUUAUUGAUCAUAUUUAGAGUAAAAGUAGGGACUUCAAAUCGUAAAUAUUUUCCAGAACAAAACGGGUGUUAAAGUUUUCAAUUUGGUUUCAAGGCUAAUCCAAAAGAAAAAAAAAAAAAAAACCCCCACCUUGUUAUAUGGUUGGCCUAUGAACUUUCAACUUUUGAAUUCAGUUUACAUGCUAAACUUCUUCUUUUGAUCUUGGUAAUUUUCUCUUUAAAAGUUUUGAUUUUCUGCUUUACCCAUAAUUCAUCAUUAAUGAAACAAGAUCAAAUUUUGAAUUGUUUCCAAUUUUUUUAGUUGAAUCAAUUUCUUGAUUAUCGUUGUUAUGUUAGAAAAGUAAGAUCAUUUUAUUUUUCUGUUUCUAAUUUUAGGAUCUUUUUGUGAACUUUGAAUGGUAGAUUUGAUUGCAUGCUCUUCAUGAAUUCAAGAACCACUGGAUCAUCCACUGUUUCCUGUGAAUCGGGAAACAAGAACAACUUCUUCUUCUGGAUCUUGUUCUGCUUGCUUCCAAAGUUUCUUGGAACUCCUAUCACAUACGUCAGCUUUAUAUUGAUCAAGGCCAUUGAUAGGAGUUCUGCAGUAGUGCACAUUUAGGAGACUUUGAGAGGGGGGGGUUGAGCCUUACUCAUCAGUCGUGUUUCAGUUAGCCAAUUUGCCUCUUUGAUGAUAUGGUUUCCUCACAGUUAACUGGUUUGACCAAGGGUCGUACAUGUAAAACAUUUGAUCCUAAGUUCCUGUUUCCUCCUCUAGGAGCUGUUGCACCCGAGCAGGUUGAGUUAGAUUUCUCCGAUGUGUUCGGCCCCCUACCAGUUCAGGCUUCAAUAGAAGUCAACUGUGGUGAACUAGACAGCACCGUUUCUGCUGCAGGUGCAAGUGAGCUCAUUUAUGAUGAACCAGCUAUUGUUUACAGCCGCUCACAUUCUUUGUUCGGCCCCUCUUCUUGUGUCAGUCAAUCCUUGAAGCUAAGCAAACUCACUUUACGUGAGACGGGGGAUUCAGUGGAUAUAAUAGAGUGUGUUAAGGAAGAAACCAUCAACGAAGUUGAGGAGCACUCUUUUGGAGAUGGUGGUGAUGAGAAGUCCCCUAGAGAUGUUAAUGGAGAUCACUCGAAGGUUGGGAGCAUAGGCAUUGAGGAUUUUGAGGUUUUGAAGGUUGUUGGGCAGGGUGCAUUUGGAAAAGUAUAUCAGGUUAGGAAAAAGGGCACACCAGAAAUUUAUGCAAUGAAGGUCAUGCGCAAGGACAAGAUAAUGGAGAAGAAUCAUGCCGAGUACAUGAAAGCUGAGAGGGAUAUUUUAACAAAAGUUGAUCAUCCUUUCAUUGUCCAGCUCAAAUACUCAUUCCAAACCAAAUAUAGGCUGUACCUUGUUCUGGAUUUCAUUAACGGGGGCCACCUUUUCUUUCAGCUUUAUCACCAUGGUCUUUUCAGAGAGGAUCUGGCUCGUCUCUACACUGCUGAGAUUGUUUCUGCAGUGUCGCACCUUCAUGCAAAUGGCAUAAUGCACAGGGAUCUUAAGCCUGAAAAUAUUCUUUUGGACGCUGAUGGCUAUGCAAUGUUGACUGAUUUUGGCCUGGCUAAGCAAUUUGACGAAAAUACAAGAUCAAACUCAUUGUGUGGAACAGUGGAAUAUAUGUCACCUGAAAUAAUUACUGGGAAGGGACAUGAUAAGGCUGCUGACUGGUGGAGUGUUGGGAUUUUAUUAUAUGAAAUGCUUACUGGAAAGCCCCCUUUUAUAGGUGGAAACAGGGAAAAAAUUCAGCAAAAGAUUGUUAAGGAGAGGAUAAAGCUGCCCACCUUCCUUUCUGGUGAAGCACAUUCUCUGUUGAAAGGGCUGCUACAUAAAGAUGUCAGCAAGCGCCUGGGAAGUGGACCAACCGGAAGUGAGGAAAUUAAGCGACACAAGUGGUUCAAACCAAUCAACUGGAAAAAACUAGAGGCGAGGGAAAUCCAACCCUGUUUUCGUCCUGAAGUUGCUGGGAAGCAUUGCAUUGCCAACUUUGAUAAGCAAUGGACUAACAUGCCAGUGUCGUUUUCUCCAGCUUCUAGCCCAAAGACCAAUGUAAACCCUUUCACUGAUUUUACUUACAUAAGGCCUGUAACACCCUUUCCUUCAGAGUAGUUCCCUCUGUUACUGUGUUUCGGCUUGGACCACACGAUUACGUGUUUGAAAAGAUCUUUGCGUUUUGCUCACUUAUAGCAAGCCUGAAAUAGUAUUUAGUUUGGAAGCCCAUUUAGUACGUUUUUAAUCAAACUGGUUUCAAAUAAGGAA